AAUCCCGUGUUGUGCGUCCCGAGACAUGGACUUGAACGUCCGAGACUUUCGCGCCUAAAUCGAGGAUACAAAGUGCGAGACUAAGCGAGUGCAAAAAUCGGAAAACGGACAUGAGAAUACGGCGAUUCGAUUGAACGACUCGGAACGAUUCGCGCGGCCGAACUCGGAACGAAUCGCGUACGCGAGUUUCCCGGCGCGGCCGCUCGUGCGAGUGAGGGCGGCAGUAUCGUUUCAACCGUCGGUCUGUGUGGUCGCUUUUGCGGCGUAGUCUGUGAUUUUUAGUGUAGCUCCAGUUAAUCCAAGUUAAUCUACAAUGGCGGACCAGCUGACAGAAGAACAGAUUGCGGAAUUCAAAGAAGCGUUCUCACUGUUCGACAAAGAUGGCGAUGGUACCAUCACCACCAAGGAGUUGGGCACCGUGAUGCGAUCCCUGGGACAGAACCCCACUGAAGCAGAGCUUCAAGACAUGAUCAACGAGGUUGAUGCAGAUGGUAACGGCACGAUAGACUUCCCCGAGUUCCUCACGAUGAUGGCGCGCAAGAUGAAGGACACGGAUAGCGAGGAAGAGAUCCGCGAAGCCUUCCGCGUCUUCGACAAGGACGGCAACGGAUUUAUAUCCGCCGCGGAACUGCGCCAUGUAAUGACCAACCUUGGCGAGAAGCUCACAGACGAGGAGGUGGACGAAAUGAUCCGCGAGGCGGAUAUCGACGGCGACGGUCAGGUCAAUUACGAGGAAUUCGUCACCAUGAUGACGUCGAAGUGAGCCGCCGGCUAGUGUGUGUGUAAAAAGCAGAGAAUUUAAAUAUACAUUUUGUUUCAUGACACACAAUAUUACCAUCGUAUUGGACCUGCAUUUCUCUAGUGUUUGCGAUAAAUUAAAUAUUGUCAUCGUUUCAGUUUAAUGGUAUAAUUGUAUCGUGUAUCGCGCACGGGCGCGUGGGCGGUCUCGGUCGGUCUCCGGUCUCGGGCGCCGAUGGCGACCGCCCCCGCGCAUCCCUUAUUUAGACUUAAAGUAUUCCGUUAAUGUAACUGUAAGCAAGUGGACGUGUGGCGUACAGCGAAGCGAACGAGUGCGUCGCGAGUGAUGGUAUAUCUCGGGUUCGUGUCGGCUCAUAAUUUAUAUUUGUGUAUAUUUCCGUCGCUACGUCGGCGUGUAUAAUUAUGUAUGUGUGCGUGCGUGCGUGUCUGCGUCGCCCUACUCUUUGCGGUGCCUUCGCCCGCACUUUCCGAUACAUUUUAAUGUAAAUUUUUUUCAAGUAUGAGAUAUUUAUAAAGUACGUGAUGAUUAAAAUCGAAAAAUCCCAAAAAAAAUAAAUAUCUAAGUUUGUCCGUAGCUAGCGCGCGUCGCGCGUCGCUCCCUGUACAUUGAUGAUUAUAUGGAUGUUUAAAUUUAACUAACUCAGUAAACGAAUAAAUUAGAUUUAUUGGUACUGCAUUGAAUUGUAUGUGUAAAUGAUAAAUAUUAUAUUUCUAUUGUUGGUGUAACUAAUUCUAUCGAAUGGAAGUCUCCGCUCUGUUAUAUAUCUAUUACUACCACAUUUGAUUCAUUCUGUUAUUAAAUUUUACAAAAGACAUACUGAAAAUAAAUGUUUCUUCAUUUUUAGGUC